AUGGAAAAGCUUGGAAAAUGCGCUAUUCGUGUCUCCAAUCCUCAGAUUACAGAGCAGGACCUUCUUGCUAUCCACAAAAAGCUUCCCCAGGACGAUGUAUGGAUACAGAGUUUUCUCUCCUCCCUCAUUCUCAUAUCCGAUCAACCCCACCAAGCCGUCCAGCUCACCAAAGCUGUCCAACAGAUACUCGCAAAUUGGAGCAGUCAAGUUUUACUUUCGGAUAGCUCAGGACUUCUGGACCUCCCGUCUGGGCCUUACUAUUUCAAUAAUGGCAAUCUGCAUGAAGUUUAUCGGUUAUAUCCCGAUACUGCAGAGGCGUUCAUCAGCGCGACAAUGCAGUCGCCCCAUGAUCCAUAUCUCUACACAUCCCUUAAUGUUUCGGUAUUCACAGAAGAAUAUCCUUCGGCCUUAACUCUCGGUGUUCCCUCCCGCUUAUAUUUUACGCCCACCGAAGAAAAGCCGCUGGCUGGGCUGCGCAUUGCAAUUAAAGAUACACAAGAUGUCCACGGGGUAAAAACAACAGGUUCAUCUCGCUCUUAUGCUCGACUCUAUGGGCCAAGAGAGAAAAGUGCCACCGGAGUUCAACGCCUUCUAGACCAUGGCGCAAUCGUGAUCGGCAAAUUGAAAUCGACACAGUUUGGUGAGAGCGAAUGGGCCACCUCUGACUGGGUGGACUACCAUGCGCCGUGGAACCCACGUGCAGAUGGAUAUCAAACCCCUAGCGCGAGUAGUUCAGGCAGUGGCGCAGCUGCCGCUGCCUAUGACUGGCUUGAUUUAUCUACAGGAACAGAUUGCAGUGGGAGUGUCCGGGCUCCCGCCGCCAUUCAUGGCGUAUUCGGGAUUCGGCCAUCCACUGGUGCGAUAGACAAUGGAGGUGUUAUCCCAUUUUCGAAGAAUUUCGAUACCUUCGGACUUUUCACAAGAGAUAUUGAUUCUCUUUCAAGAGCAUCAUCGGUUCUUUAUAACCAGGACGCGGAAAUAACUACCUGCUUCAAGAAACCCACGCGUAUCGUAUACCUUACAGAAUACUGGCCGGUUGAAGAUGAGGCUAGCUCAGUGGUCUUUGAACUCAACAUUCAACAGCUUGAGAAAACUCUUGGCACAAAGCGAACCGAACUCAGCCUUGGCAAACUUUGGUCAGAAACGAACCCAGUCGGAACCAAUCUCUCGAUUGAUGACUUUUUCAACAAUACCUUGGUCACUGCAUCUUCCCCAGAUCAAUGGGACAUGCUUAAGAAUUUUCAUGCAGAGUACCACGAUGCCUUUGGCCAUGCUCCUCCGCUCAACCCCCAACUCCAAUGGAAAAUGGAGUUCCUGCCCUCUCAAACAGUGGAAAUGGAGAAACAAGAAGAAAAGGAGAUUGAAAUAUUCCGUACUUGGUUUGAAAAGCAUGUCAUGCUGACCGACCAAGACGGUUGCUCUGAAACUAUCUUGGUGUUGCCAUGGACGCAAGGCCAACCUAGCUACAGGGACGAAUACCGGGAACGUCCAUCUUGGAUUAGUGAUGGCUGGUUCUUCUAUUUCAUUUCCGUCUACGCCGGAGCCCCUGAAGUCAUUGUGCCCAUUGGCCAAACGCCAUAUGAAUCUCGUUUAACGAAGCGGCAGGAAUGGCUACCCGUUGCAAUUGGGCUGGUAGGUGCAAGAGGUACGGAUGCGGCCUUUGCCUCCUUCGUCAAAGAAACCAUGGAGAAUGCAGAACUCCCGACGAUAGUGGAUGCUGGGCGAAACGCCUUUAGCCCUAACACAUCCAUGGGCAACAAUGCUGUCAAUGUUUCUCCAGAAAGAAAAGCCGCACAUCCAGAGCUCAAAUGA